CCUCGAAAAUACAAGUUGUGCUAGUCAGCCAGUCGACGUCAAACCAAAAUGGCGCUUCGAGCAGGUUUUACUUUUGUCAAAUUAAAUUCACUGCGACAAGCCACUAGGCUUCUAUCAACACACACGAGACCUGAUGUGUGUCAAAAUGGAGGAAUUUCCGAAUUUCCGGGAGCUAAAGCACCCUACGUGAAUGAAAUAAAGUUUCUAAACGAGAACAGUUACGACCCCAUCCCUAUCUAUCGAGUGAUGGACAGCAAUGGGCGAGUUAUCGAUAGUAGGGAGGAGCCGAAUAUCGAUAAAGAAAUACUAAUCAAUAUGUACAAAAAUAUGAUCCAGUUAAAUCAAAUGGAUAAAAUUCUAUAUGAAUCGCAAAGACAAGGUCGCAUUUCCUUCUACAUGACGAAUUACGGGGAGGAGGGUAUCCAUAUGGGAAGCGCCGCGGCACUUUCCCCCCGAGACUUAGUCUUCGCUCAGUACCGCGAGGUCGGGGUACUCCUGCACCGCGGCAUCACCGUCUCCGAGCUGGUGAAUCAGUGCUACGGCAACUGUGAGGACCCUGGCAAGGGACGGCAGAUGCCGGUGCACUAUGGCAGCAAGCAACACAAUAUUGUGACUAUAUCCAGUCCUUUGGCAACUCAGCUGCCCCAGGCGGUGGGCGCAGCGUAUGCACUCAAGCGCAUGCCCAACAAUGACCGCUGCGUCAUCUGCUACUUCGGAGAGGGCGCAGCCUCCGAGGGAGACGCCCACGCUGCGUUCAACUUCGCCGCGACCCUUGACUGUCCCAUUAUCCUUAUGUGUAGAAACAACGGGUACGCGAUCUCCACCCCUUCAUGUGAGCAGUACAAAGGUGACGGUAUAGCAGCUCGGGGACCAGCCUUCGGUCUGCACACCAUCCGAGUAGACGGCACCGACACGCUGGCGGUAUACCGCGCGGUGACCAGCGCGAGAGAACUCGCACUCAGUAACAAGCCCGUGCUCGUCGAGGCCAUGUCUUACAGAGUAGGACAUCAUUCAACUUCAGAUGACAGCAGUGCGUAUCGAUCAGUCGAUGAAAUACAAAAGUGGGCGAAAGAUGAAAGUCCAGUGCAUAAACUACGACUUUAUCUCGAAGGCAAAGGAUAUUGGGACGCGGAGGUUGAAACGCAGUUUGUGAAAGAGGCACGAGACACGGUGGUCAGAGCGAUGCAGGACGCAGAGAAGAAGAAGUUGCCCCAUUGGAAGGAAAUGCUAGAAGACGUAUAUUACGAUAUGCCACCAAAACUACAGAAACAAAUGAAACAAAUGGAGAAGCAUCUCGAAAAGUACUCAGAACAUUAUCCGCUCAACAAGUAUUUGAACGAAUAAGUUAUGUUACUUGCAUCAAAUCAAAAAGCAGGAAGUCACGGAAGAAAAGUCUCAUUUUUUACGGUAACUCCAGUGAUUUAAAUUAAUAAAUAAAUUUUGUUUUA